AUGCUAAGCUCCCCCCUCCAGCUCUGCUCUCCCGCCGAUUCCAGCCCGAGUCCCCGUGCCUUUCUCUCGGGCCCCUCUCCUCCCACGCACGCCCUCGUGUUCGUGCCGGCGAGACUCGUGUCUCUCUCCAUCUCACCGUGCUCGUCUCUCGCUGCCGCUGCUUCUCUGGCGACGGUUCCCAUGCUUCUCCCCUUCCUUGCUGCCGACGAUCUCCGGGCAAGCGCCAGUCUCCGCCGCCUCCUCUUCCCCGCUGCUGCCGGGCGAGAGGCGAGCGGAACCCGCUGCUCACUCUCCCUUCCCAUUGCGCUUGCGGGCUUGACGUCCGUGCCUCCCCGCCGCGCCCUUCAUGCCGCUGGUCGCGCAUCUCUGAUGAGCUGGGCCCCUCCUCGCGUCCUUCUUCUCGCCGCCAGUGGUGGCUGGCUGCGCGUGGCUCGCCCUCCCAUCCUCCCUUGUGCAUCAGCUGCCUGUCCGGCGAUCGUUCGCCGUCUUCGCCUCGGCCCCUUUGAGCCUGGUGCCAGUCGCGUGCGUGGGGGUCAACAGAAGGCCGCUCCCGGCGCCGCGAUCCUUCCCCUGACGCGCGCGGUCCCUCUUCCUCCCUUUUGCCGCGUUCUCCUUGCCCGCGGGUUCCUCGCCGUCGUCUUCUCCGUCGGCGUCUUCGACCGCCCGUUCCAGGUUCCUUGCGUACUCCUUUGCCGCUUCCUCUUCUGCGGCCUCCUCUCCUUGGUUGGCGUCGAAUCGCUCGACGCCCGGCCAACGGCCCCUCUCGUCACGGCGGCGCCCGUGCUCUUCCGGCGAGCGGAACACUCCCACAGCGCGUCGGUCUCCGCUCCCGUAUCCACCUCGGCGAUCAUGCCCUCUUCGCCACACGUCGCCGUCCGCGCUUGCGGCGUCUCCUUCCCCACCCGCUGCCACGCUAGGCCUCCCUUCCGCCCGUCGGUCCCCAUCGACGGGGACUCUAUCUGCGCGAAAUGCCGGCCUUCGCGGCGAGCGCUCCAGAGAUCGCCCGCGCUCGCGUGA